AUGGCCCAAGCUCCUGCAGAGGAACGAGUACUCACCAGAACACCACAUAAGACGUUGACUUGGACCAAGAGCAAUAUCGGCUUUCGCUACGCAGGUCGACCGCCAGCGCACAGCUAUCACAACAAAUCUGCCAUCUAUGUCCGUGCGAACGCAGUACAGGAAACGUGGGUAUCACUUUAUAUCAUAACCGAGCAAUCCAUGCUUGAAACUGGAAACACCUUCUUCCCACCCAGUUAG